UGGAGGAGAAGAAGAACCGGGUCGCUUUUCUUCUCUAGUCUAUCUUUGUUUCUUUUGGUGUUGAGGAAAGUUACUUAAUUAUAAGCAUCAGACAUCACAUUCAAUUCAAUUCUUAUUGUAGCACAGUUAUUGAUGCUAAAAUAGAGCUCAUCAAUCAACAGGAACUUCAAUGAUCAAAUGAAUGGAAUCAAGAAUUAAUUUUAAAGUGAAGAAUGUUUGGCUGUGUGUAGGGCUUGUUGGUGUGAGCACACAAUGUCGGGCACGCCACCCACUCCAGGGUGUGGUGGGGUGGUGGUCGGCAGCGGCUCUGGCAGCAACAUGGCUGCCGCUGGUGGUGCUGGCGGUGGAGGUAUAGGAGGCAGUGGUCCCCUAGGGGCGCCCAUGUCGGCCAUGCCCUUGGGAGUACCGCCACAGGGAGGUGGGGGAGCUGCCACUCCUUCCGCUGUACCCUCCUCAGAACAUUUCUGCCUCAGGUGGAAUAACUACCAGACCAACAUGACCACUGUCUUUGACCAACUCCUUCAGGAAGAAGUGUUCGUAGAUGUGACCCUGUCGUGUGAAGGAGGCACUCAGUUACGUGCGCACAAGGUGGUGCUGGCAGCAUGUUCCCCAUACUUCCAAGCCGUACUGCAGCACAACCCAUGCAAGCAUCCCAUCAUCAUCAUGCCUAGGGAGGUCGUCUUCACCGACCUCCGUGCUAUAAUAGAGUUCGUUUACCGCGGCGAAAUUGAUGUUGCCCAAGAACAAAUCCACAGCCUCCUGCAAGCCGCCGAAACCUUGAAGAUCAAAGGCCUCUGUGAAGUUAGUGAUGAUCCCAGUAAUAUGCCGCCUGGCUUCACAGCAACACCUACCUCCAAAGCCAUGCAGGUGAACGGACAAAGUAAUUUCCCUGUCACAAACAACGUCUCUCCCGCACAUCAAUCCCGAGGGCGGCCACCUCUGAACAGAGGGCGCUACAGCUACCGGCCCCGCGGACGGCCUCCUCUGUAUGGCCGCCAGAGAUACGAUCGACCGCAUCUGCCUUCCAGAACUCCCAGUACCAGGGAUCAGACAAGCAAGAGAAUCAAAACGGAGCUAUCAGAAGACGAGCACAGCAACGGCUCGAACAGUUUCAGUAUCUCAGGGGGGUUAGUGUCGAGUUCUGCGGGCGUUACAAGCAAUGUUUGCCCCGGUAUGUCUUCCGUGGUGUCGACCACCCCUUCGCUGCCAUCAGUGAACGACAUGCAGAGAAGCCAUAGCGCCCAUUACCUUCAGGACCCGACGCAACAGUUGCAGCAGCAACAACAGUCACAGCAUAAUGGUCUCCCCCAAGCUGCGGUGCUAGGGGGCACUCUUCCCCCACCAAACCAUGCCCCUCCUGCCGCUCACACUCACCACGGACACUCACAAGGGCACGCUGGCACCGCAAUAUCCAGUCAUCCUCCUGCAGCUCACGGGCCUCCCCCGCUGCCCGAACUGGGGCCCUCAGUUGCCCUCCUCACAGACGACAACCCCAGCGGAGUGAACCAAGGAUCCAGUGCACCAGAUUACGAUGCGUAUUACGUCAAAACCGAAGACCAGCAACACCACCAGCACCAACAGCAGCAACAACAACAACAACAGCAGCAAGGUCAAGGUCACCAGCAGAGCGGCCAUAUGAGCGUAGGGCAGCACCUGCAGCCUGACCCCAAUGACCCCUCUGGCCAGAGGAUGACUGUCACUCCAGAGCUGCUUGGCCUCAUGCCCUCCGCCAAUCCUCAGUAUGCGUCGGACUCUGACAGUUUGAGCGGAACACCAGCUGGGCGCAAACUUUGGACCGACGAAGAUAUGGACAAAGCACUGGAUGCUCUGCGAAAUUCGCAGAUGUCGUUAAGCAGAGCUGCUCAGGUGUUCGGGAUUCCUGCGACGACGUUAUGGCAGAGAGCGCAUCGCAUGGGCAUUGAGACUCCUAAGAAGGAAGGCGCCAAUAAAACUUGGAGUGAACACGACUUAGCGGGUGCCCUGGAGGAGCUUAGAAGUGGCAGGCUUUCGGCUAACAGGGCAUCUAAGGAGUUCGGCAUUCCAAAUUCAACUUUGUACAAAAUAGCUCGUAAAGAAGGGAUUAAAUUAUCUUCGCCUUUUUCUGCAAUUCAACCGUCUUGGAACCCCGAAGAUCUUAAUAAAGCUCUUGACGCUAUACGCGGUGGCAUGAGUGUGCAGAAAUCUGCUCAAGAGUUUGGCAUACCCACGGGCACCCUGUACGGCCGGUGUCGGAGAGAGGGCAUAGAGCUCAGCAAAUAUCAGGGUGUGCCGUGGUCUGAAGAGGACAUGAAAGACGCUCUUGAAGUUGUCAGGGUGGGUGAAAUGUCCAUAAAUCAGGCUGCGAUUCAUUACAACCUUCCAUAUUCGUCGUUAUAUGGGCGUUUUAAACGAGGCAAAUACGAGGACGGACUGUCUCACCAAGACUUCUUGCAUCAGGAGAUGACAAUAGAGCAGUUCUCCAACGAUCAUAUGGCCGUGCAAUCGGGCAACCUUCAGGGAAUGCAAUCGCAGCCUACUUCUUUAUCCCAGCAAACUACGCCUCCUCAUCAGAAUUCGAGCCAAGCUUUGCCCACGUCUGCUCCUCCGGAACAAUACUGACUAGAUUCAGGGAACACUGGUCGCCACAGCGAAGACGUCAAUAAACAAGAACCGACGUCUGAAAAUGAAAUGUCAUCACAGCCUCCGCCUACUCCAGUCGCCGCUACUGUCACGCCUCAGCCUCAAAUGACACCUCAUUCUCACACACCGCAGCCUCUAACUCCUCAACCAACGCUUGUUCCAACUCCGCAACCUCUGUCCAUUCCGCUAGCCCAAACUCCCCAACCUCUACCCACCAUCUCGGUCCCUCCUACAGCCUCUUCUCUGACUGUGAUGCCUGUUAUUCAUUCAACUACCUCGGAAUAUAGUGAUCCCAGCAGUGAAGCGCCUGCUUCUGUUUAUAGUGGAACUGAAACUCUUUACUCCCCCAUGGACGGGCACAGCAACAGUGCCCAACUCUACUCCCCUCCAACUCUAGCUGCCUCAUCAUCUCUACCUCCAGUUACUCUUGCAACAGCUUUGUCGUCCGCAUCCCUCACUCACGAUGCCUUGUACCCGGCAACUGCUGCCGCUCUGUCGCAGGUAACAUUACCUCACUCCUCUGGUAUGCAGCCUCAUCUACCUCAGGUUUACCCAACGUAUUACCCGUUGGAGUAUUCCACACUUCGUCCCGAUUACCGGGCUUACCAAGCGUACUCGCGGCCGCUGCCAGAUGAUAGUCGAUCUCAGUACUCUUCUCCAUAUCCUCCGUAUCAUUUCUGACGCUGUGGCCGCCAGUGUUCCCGUGGCGCGCCUCUAACCCUUUGUUAAUCAUAGCUCUUAGAUUUCAGAGAAAACAAUAUAGAUUUAGUAAUUAUAGGCUUGCAGUCUGUUGCAAACAAUGCAUGGGCUUGCGACGUUGAAAAAUAGCCAUCGCUGUACCUCAAAAUCUGCAAGUAAUCAGUUUAGUCUCGUAAUGUUUACUGAAAAUGCAUAUAUCAUUCUGUGCGAAGAUAUUGUAGAUAUAGUUAUAGUGAAUAAGCAGGUAAUUUACUUAUAUGGUUGCUAAUUAUAGUUGUGCAGUCUUCGCCGGAUGAGCCUAGCUUUUUAUUGACAUUGGAAGAAGGUUUGAGGAAACAACGUGUACUUGACCUCAAGCCCUCCUUACGAGUUUUGAUAGCAGUCAAUCCAAAGAGAAGGAGAGUUGCAGUCGUUUGGCCGUGGUUGUUCAUAUUGUUUGCCAUCUGAUGGCUAUUCGCUGGGAAUCUGUAUACAUGAACUGUAAUUUAUGUGUCGUGGGUAGUCAAGGGAAAGACGGGUCGUACUCAACUCGGUGAUCAAAGCUUUUACUGCAGUUCAUCAUUGCCUUCAAGCGGUCGUUUUGGAUGAAGCGUCAUAAGUACAAACUUGCAAACACUGAGGUAUGCUAGAAACUUCUGUUUUGCAGUCUAUUUUACCAAACGUAUGUUAUGGGCAUUGAUGAAACUUUCCGACUUACAGGGAGAUAUCAAACUCAUUGUCGUUUAGGUGUUGUCCGGCGCCAGUUAACUUGAUACCUAUAUUUUUUUGCACGUGCAGCAGAUUUCAUUUUGCAGGAGUUUUCUAGGCGAGAUACACAUUUUUCCUUGAGGGUAAAUUCUAUUGCUAAUCUUUAUAAUAGUUUACAACGCAAUAUAGAGCUAGUCAAUCUAUGAGUACUGCUAUCUUUGUUCAAAGUGUCUAGGCAUGGAUUUUUAUCUAUAUAUUUCGAUUUAUUUAGCAUCAGAAUUUUCGCCAUGAUGGCUUGUUUUAUUGUUUAUAUUAAAUUUGUUCCAAUUUCCCAUGAGUAAAAAAAAAGAAAAAUGUUGCCCCAAAUCGCGGUUCUCGACUUAUCAAACUGUUUGUUGUGCACUGCAUCGUAAAUGAUGCAUAAUCUAAUUGGCCCAAUUUAUUUCGAUCAACUUCUAGCCAUCAUUGAACGUAAUUAAUCCGUGAAUUACUAUCAUUAUUUACGUUGUACGUGCUUCUUCCUUGUGCUUAUAAUGAAUCGCCGGAGAAAAUCUGAACCAAUUUGAUCCGUGUUCAUAUGUGUACUAUUUGGCUCCUGAGAUCUAAUCGCUUCUAAUUCAAUGUUAUGAGCAAAUACGUUGUACUAAUUGAUUACUGGGGUUUUCUAGAAUCCUGAAUCAUUGAAUCCAAUCGUUAAUAAUUGUAUUUUGAGAAUAAAUCGGCAACCCUUAUUGUAAUUUAUCGCAAUUCAUCGUUGCUCAGCAUUUUCAAACGUAAUUCCCACGCAUUGGCCAACUCGCGUAUUUUCCAACUCGUUGCUAUGGUGCUCAUUACGAAAAUUCUAAUUUAUUUUCGAUCUAAAGGUUAAUGACAAUUUGAAUUCAUGUUUCUGAAAUAAUUGUUUCAUGGACGUAAGUUGCAAUUAGGUUCAUUGAAAGUCGAUGAGGAAAUGAAAAAAUUGGCCCGCCACAAGUGGUGAUCCAAAUUUCAGGCUUUAUUUGAAACUUUAUCAUAUUGGACAUUUUCCUGCUAUGCAUGAUUAAGGAUAUUGGGUUUAAUUCAUGAACGCUACUUAAAUCUGUCCUGCGGUAAAUGAAAAAUUGUUUUCUGAAAUUAUAUAGCAAAAAGCUCCGCCACAUGAAUAAUAUCUACAUGAUACUUUUUCGGAUGCAAGUUGAAAUGCUGGAAAUGAUCCAUUUAAAUGUGGCCUUCGUGGAUUGAAGAGCCACAGAUAUCGUACGUUUCUGUUACUAAUGGAUUUGUAUUCAAUGAUUAGUUGGCCCGCGCUAGUACAGACUACUGCUCAGAGUUUCAUUGAUUGAUAAAUGCAGCUCUAUAGAUAGUGAUGAGCGGUCUUAGCAUUUCUUUGGAAACUAGACCAUUCGUAUUUGUUCUUUAUUCUUUAAAUGCUUACUUAUCUACUUAACUUUGCCGGGUAACUUUCUCCGUCAGGCUUUGUGCGAUUGUAGCUUUUUUUCUUGUCAGGCUUUGUGCGAUUGUAGCUUUUUUUCUUUCUUUCUAACAACAGAAUAUAUAGCCAGUAUAAUGAAUUGAAUAUGUUUAUUUUGAUAAAUGACUGAAAUUUUGUCUAAGUGUUCUCUCUAGACGGUUUAUCUGUACAUGUUUUCUGCAUAUAUCGGUGUCUAGAUUUCAUUGGACCAUUGACUGGUGCGGGAUAUAAUUACGCACGUUCAAAUUACUAGGCUUGAGCUUAGCCUCCUCCUGCGUGACGUUGGACGAGUCCUGGGCAAGAUUUACUUAAGUUUUAGCUCACCAGCAUUCCACUCGUCCGAGUUUGAUUAGACUUUCCCUCGUAAGCCUCAUUCACGUCAUGGAAAUUGGAGGAUGCAGCGAACGGUGUUUGGUGAAAGGUAUCUUGAUUCGAUUAGACUUAGAGUUCGUGUGUAAAGUACCAUAUAUUAAACGAGACGAAAAUGGGUACCUAUAUAAAUUUGUUUCUAUGUUGUCAUGUAAUUCGUCAAGUGUUGAAUUGUAUAAAAUUUGGAGCACCUACGAUAAAUGCGUGAGCUUAUGAUGCGUACCGUAUCACGUAACUGAAGGAACCCUCAGGUCAAAAGUUAUCGAAGUGAUGUUCAACAUCAACGUUUCAGAAAGCGUGGGGUGCAAUACCAUUUGAUCCAAGCGUUGAAAUUUUUGCGCCACAACUGACUUGACUAACAUGUCUGUUUAGUUUUCUUAUGAGCUUUAAUAUUUGCUAUGUUAUGCCGCUCUGCAACUUAUGGGUUGAAUAUUUGAUUUUUCGAUCACACCGAAACUUCAUUUAAUGCUUUGAUUUAAAUCAAGUAAUUGAAAAUGAACUACAUAUGAUGCUUAUGUUUUAGCUUGUUUCUGCGUAACUCAGUUAUGACGUUGUCUUAGAGCGAUCCAAAUAUGUGCUGACUCACCGGUCUGUUCGUGACUAUGAACUAGCAAGCGUGUAAAUAUGUAAUAGCGAUUGGCUCAGGUCUUCGCUUGCGCAUCUCGAACUAUAACUUUAGAACGGGUCCUUUUGCCAAGCCAACUAUUGGGUAUUAUGCAGUACUGUAAUAGUUAUUAUAUAAAUGCAUUUGUAUAUUAACCAGUAACUUAGACUUUUAGUGAAUAGAUAUAUAGCAUUAUGAAGAACGCGUUCUCGUUGGCAUGUUCUCUCAUUUUUGCCGUUUGCUAAUUACUUAGUGAGAAUUAUUUGCUGUCUGUAACUUCAUUUUUCUAAAUAGGACAUUAUGUUGUGUGUAGCUACUACGCAUGCCGCUGUUUUCCUGUUCAUUGAACACAUAGCUUCUGUGUAUGGAUAAAAUCAAAAUUUCAGUUGUAAGACUUAGCCACUUGUUUACGGAAUCAUUGAAUACGUUCCGAUGAGUUUGCUAAUAGGAUGGCUGUGCAGGCCUUUCUAUCCUGUAACUCCCUCAGCAAUUGACAUUGAAGCAAUGCAGGUAAUGCUCUUAUUAGUCUUCCAAAACCCUCUUCAUGAUCACCUCAAGCGUGUGUGGCCAUCGAGUCUUAUCUUACUCAAUGACUGGAGGCUCUAAGUUGUUCGCAAAAUAUCGGCACAAUUCAUCCCUACAUCACCUACAACGUUCUGCUGUGGAGAUGAGCGUAUUUAUGCUGCCUACGUCACAACCUCUUCUUCUUUGUUGUCUCCUAGCUUGCACGUGGAGCAAUAUUUGUUAUUCGUGUUCUCUUCUGGCGUGUUCUUUACUUAUUAUUAUACGUUAUUUGUAGUUAUUUCUUUAUAGAAUUGAUAUCACAACCUUCUCCAAAUAGUGUUUGGAAAGUACAAAAUGUCGCAACACUUGACCUCGCUUAGCAGGUUUUUUGAUUAACAACUGAUACAGGUAUUUCGUUUCAUAUAAAUUGUUGCUUUUCACCCUAGGAUAUCGCCAACCUAAUGUAAACCAUUCAAUUUUUAACGCUCUUUAUCAAUUUCAAUACAAUUUUCUUUCAUUUAUUCGAUGUGCCAGCUUACGUUAGGUUUCAAUUUUCACAAUUUAUGGAUGAAUUCAAUACAAUCUUAUCACUUGUUCAAAUAUGGCACCAGUGAAGCAAUAUUGAAUUUGAUGAGCAAAUUUGAAUAGCGGUAGGUACUUAUUUCUGGGUUAUAAUUUGGUCAUUACAUUGCCCUCUAAUUAAAAGUUUGCGCAAACAAAUUCGCCUUCCUCACCAGGUUAUAAAAUUGCAUUUUCCUAACCUUGAAAGAUUUGAACAUUCAUCCUUCAUUUGUAUGACUGUCGAUAAUUAUCCUUCAUUUGAAUGACUGUCAAUAAUUACUUUCGUGGGCAUGUGUGCCCUAUUAGUGAUUACUUGCCUGCUCGUUGGGCAGCUGUGGGUAUCGUAAGUCUCUUUGCUUGAGUGUAAUAAAGUAAGUCUCGAGUUGCAGUAUACAAGGACAGGUAACGCGCAAGACCAAUACGUUUGACUGGGCUAUACCAGUUUGAGCAGGUAAUAAUUUUAAUGUAUACAUACUAUAUAAACAUUAUUUUAUUCUAAUCUUAACUCGAUAAGAUUGACGGAAUUUUUCGUGUAUAAUGAUGCAAUGCGGGUGUUGUGAUCUUCAAUUCUUUGCGCUCGACUCAGGUUUUGUUGUUUACAUUUGUUUUUAUUUAUGGCCGUUAUUUCCGACUUUUAUGCUCUUAGUGUGAUUUAUUCUGUCUCUCCUUAUGUUGUCAGAUAUCGUUUACUUAUAUUAUUUCUAUUUUCGCGCUGCAAGAGUUGAUUUUUUUUAGAAUAUUCGCCCCCCUACGUGCUACUAUUGUCACUGCUCCGCCAUCGCUUAUUAUUUUUCCCACAAAUAUCUAUAAUGAAUUAUCCUUGAUAAUUUAAUGAAACAAGAUCUCCACUCCACUUGUCGAAUAACGACCACCCAUU